UUCACAAACGCAUAAAGAACAACAGCACAUUUCAGCGCAAAUAUACAGAUAAUACCAUCUUUAUUGCCAAAAUCUCACCUUUUACCAGCGCCAUGACUUCUGUGAUUGUAUUCGGCCCGACAGGCCAGGUUGGAUCUGUCGUCGCGCGAACAGCUGGAGAGCUUGGAGCGAAGGUCUGGCUGGCAAUGCGAGACACGUCCAAAAACAUCCCAGGCCUCACGAAAGAGGCUGAAUCUGCGGGUGAUUACCACAGGAUCCAGGCCGACCUGGAAAAACCCGAAACUGUCAGCCAAGCAGUUAAGACUUCCGGCGCCAAGCGUGCAUUCAUUUACCUCGUCCAUCACGCAUCUGAUCACCUUCACGGCGCUAUUACGGCAAUGAAAGCAGCGGGUAUCGAGUUUGUAGUCUUUCUGAGCAGCUUUACCAUUCUCGUCAACAAAGGUCUCCGCGAGAUCCCUUCCUCUGAUCUGCUUCCGUACGUGCACGCGCAAGUUGAAGCCAACUUGGACGACGUUUUUGGUUCCGACUAUGUCGCCGUACGUCCCGGAUGCUUCAUCACUAACCUGCUAUCGGAGAAGGCAGGUAUAGCUGCAAACGACGUAAAGCUAUACGGCGCCGGGUUCAAGGAAGAUAACAUGGUACCAAGCGACGUUGGUAGAGUCAUUGGCAAUAUUGUUGUCUCGGGCCCGAAGAAUGGGCAGAAAAAGGUGUACCUUUACGGGCCCCAAGUCUAUUCGCAUUACGAAAGUAUUGCUAAGAUUGGGGAGAUUCUUCAAAAAGACUUGAAGAUCACCAUUCUGGGACCCAAGGAAGGGCAUGAAAAGUAUAUGAACAGCGGUAUGCCCAAGAUAUUCGCGGAUUAUAUGGUGGAGGUCAUGGGUACCAAUGGCAUAGACAAGGGCAAUGGUGAGGUCUUUCCUAACUAUGAGGAAGGCGUGAGCAAUGUCACUCUUUACACUGGUCAGAAGCCCACAAGUCUCGAGGAAUGGGUCAAACAGAACAAGGCCUUGUUCGGUGCUUAGCUAGCUUGAAUGAAUACGACUCUCACCACAUUUUAAACACCAUUUCUCAGAAUAAAUUUAUUUUCCAU